UCUCGAGAUAUCGAUCAUAUUACAAAGUUUAAAUUUCUCUGAACCAUUCCUUAUAAAACAAUUAAAGGCAAGAAAGUGAUCUAGCAAAUUUUUCGUCUCUUACACUCAGGAAAACCCUCCUACCUUGACUUGGCUGCAACACUCAUACAACAAUUUACUUUCUGUACAAGAGAAGCAAGUUUAGACUUUAUAAAAAAGAAGAACAAAUUUACAAACUUAAAGAUACUUUUUACAAAAAAGAAAACCCGUUAAGAACUUAAUUCUUAAUUUGUUUGUUUACAUCCUUCGGUUUGUUUAUGCGACGAUUCGCAUAUAGCGCGAUAAUUGCGAACUGGAAGGAACAUCGGUUUUGAAUUGAUAUAGAUAGCCAAUAACAUUUAAUAACGAUCUUCUAUAUAUUUCCUUCCGACACAUAUAGCGAAUGCUAUUUUUCUCGGUAAAAAGCCAUGGAAUGUGUGUCUCAAUAAACGCGCUGCAUUGGUUAUUGAAAACACGUUUUAGUUCGCUAUCAGGGGUUUUCAUAGCGCAGCACCUUGCACCACAAGAGCCGGAUUCGUUUUGCCUAUGGUUUGCGUGACUUUUUUGUCUCUUUGGUGUCGUUCCGGUAAUUGACCAAUUAAUCCGUGUUAUGGAAUUAUAUUUGAUCCCCAAUAAACGGCCCGUUGCAAACUAACAGCCAAUCAUACUUUACAAUCUCACAACCUCCAUAGAAGAGGACGUCAAAGUUUUUUCCACCCAACCGCAGGUACCGUUGACGUCGGAAAAACAUUCAGCGCUGAUCUUGCGUUUCCCUGGUUUCAUGUUCCCCUGCGUUCUUUAAGGGGAAGGGUAAGGUUUGUUCUUGCGAAAAAAUGAAAAAACAUUGAUGUAAGUUUAUGGAAUUAAGCUGAUUUUGAAAAGAUUGAAGGAUUCUUUGUUUCAGUAGCUAUUUCUUUAUUAAAUGUGAUUUUUAGCUUAUUUCUGCAGCCGUUAUUGAAUAUGUUAGGUGAGUCGCAACAGAUGCUUCCUUGGUUCCAAUGUACGAUAGUCGGGUGAUUGUUACUUAGGAGAAAUCAAGCGAAGCGGGCUUAGCGACGUAAUUGUUCCACCGGCUUCCGUUGAGGUCAGUCAUGGUCAUAUGGAAAAUUCGGACGGUUGACGAACCCAGGGCUAUAUAAAGGCCCCGGCACCCUACAUAUUUCUUUAAGGAUCUUUUAGUAUCUUACAUUAGACAUCUUUAAUCAUCAUGGGAAUUGAAAAGCUUUUCGCUCGCCAAAUCUACGACUCUCGUGGUAACCCUACCGUCGAAGUCGAUCUCACUACCGAGACUGGCAUUCACCGUGCUAUUGUCCCCUCCGGUGCCUCCACUGGUGUUUGGGAAGCCCUCGAAAUGCGUGACGGUGAUAAGUCCAAGUGGGGUGGUAAGGGUGUUUUGAACGCUGUUGCCAACGUCAACAACGUUAUUGCUCCCGCCCUUGUCAAGGCCAACCUUGAUGUCACUGACCAAAAGGCUGCUGACGAUUUCCUCCUCAAGCUCGACGGUACCGAGAACAAGUCCAAGUUGGGUGCUAACGCCAUCUUGGGUGUUUCCAUGGCUGUCUGCCGUGCUGGUGCCGCUCAAAAGAAGCUUCCCCUCUGGAAGUACAUUGCUGAAGUUUUCGGCAACAACGGCCCCUUCACCCUCCCCGUUCCCUCUUUCAACGUCUUGAACGGUGGUGGUCACGCUGGUGGUGAAUUGGCUUUCCAAGAAUUCAUGAUUCUCCCCGUUGGUGCUCCCUCCUUCUCCGAGGCCAUGCGUUGGGGUUCCGAGACCUACCAAGCCCUCAAGUCCAUCGCCAAGAAGCGUUAUGGUCCUUCCGCCGGUAACGUCGGUGAUGAGGGUGGUAUUGCUCCUGACUUGUCUACUCCUCAAGAAGCUCUUGACCUCAUUGUCGAAGCCAUCAAGAACGCUGGCUACGAAGGUAAGAUCAAGAUUGCUCUUGAUGUCGCCUCCUCCGAAUUCUAUGUUGACGGCAAGUACGACGUCGACAUCAAGGCUAAGAACCCCAAGCCCGAGAACAAGCUCUCUUUCGAGCAACUCACCAGCAUGUACUCUGACCUUUCCAAGAAGUACCCCAUCAUCUCCAUUGAGGACCCCUUCGACCAAGAUGACUGGGCUGCCUGGACUCACAUGAAGGCUGCCACUGACUUCCAAAUGGUCGGUGAUGACUUGACUGUCACCAACACCAAGCGUCUCGCUACCGCUAUUGAGAAGAAGUGUGCUAACGCCCUUCUCUUGAAGGUUAACCAAAUCGGUACCGUCUCCGAAUCUUUGGCUGCCGUCAAGAUGUCCUAUGAUGCCGGUUGGGGUGUCAUGGUUUCUCACCGUUCUGGUGAAACCGCUGAUACUUUCAUCUCUCACUUGACUGUCGGUAUCUCCUCUGGUCAAAUCAAGUCUGGUGCUCCUUGCCGCUCUGAGCGUUUGGCCAAGUACAACGAACUCCUCCGUAUUGAGGAAGAGCUCGGUGGUGAAAAGGCCCUCUACGCUGGUGAGAAGGCUACCAACUACAUUAAGGGAGUUUUCUAAAUUGAAAAUGUCUAAUUUGUAUUUUCCAUAUUUUGUUUUUUAAUAGAAUGCAAUGAAUCAAUUUUUUGCCUUUCGGAAUAAA